AUCUGUCUGAAUAUAGCUUUGCUUCAACAGCUGAUCCUCCCACACAAUGAAAGAAUCCAACUGAGCAGUGAAGAUCCUCUCUGGGUAGAAAACCUGCUGAGCACGAAAAAAGCAGCUUUGCAGCAUUUGAAUGAGAAGAAAAGAAAUGGAUUCCAAGCUGAGAUCUUUGCUUUCUGACCACAGCAGAUAUGUGGAAUCGUUCCGGCUGUUCCUGCAAAACUCGACAGAGCACCAGUGCAUGCAGCACUUUAUUGAGUCCAAGCUGCCCAACAUCAUCUCAAGUAUAGGGAAUGACAAGCCGGUGAUUGAUGUCCUAGGCGUUGGAAGUGGAUCAGGUGAGAUUGACCUGCAGAUGAUUGCCAAGAUACAGGCUCGAUGGCCAGGGGUCCCCAUUAACAACCAGAUUGUGGAACCAAGCGCUGAGCAAAUCUUUGGCUACAAGGAGCGUGUGGCAAAAGCCCCAAAUCUGGAAAAUGUCACCUUCUCCUGGCAUCGCCAGACCUCCAGUGAAUUUGAGAGCCAAGUCAAUGAAGAUAAGCAGAUGAGAAAGUUUGAUUUCAUUCACAUGAUACAGAUGUUAUAUUAUGUAAAGGAUGUCUUGGGAACAUUAAAAUUCUUUAAAAGCUGCUUGGCACCCAGUGGGAAGCUACUGAUCAUUCUUGUAUCGGGUAACAGUGGGUGGGCCACUCUAUGGAAGAAAUAUGGCCAACGGCUGCCUCUGAACGACCUCUGCCUGUACAUUACGGCAGGAGAUAUCGCAGAGAUGCUAAGUUCAAUGGGCGCCCGGUUUCAGAGCCACGAACUGCAGUCGGAUAUGGACAUCACGGAAUGUUUCAUCGAGGGGGACAGAGAUGGGGAACUUCUGUUGGACUUUCUGACUGAGACGUGUGACUUUAAGAGAAAUGCCCCUGCUGAUCUCAGGGAUCAGAUUAUCUGUGACCUAAAAAGCCCUGGCUGUAGUACAACAAAAGAUGGGAAGGUUAUUUUUAACAACAACCUUAGUGUGAUUGUGGUGGAGGCAGAUUAGUUAGUCUAGGGAAUACAAGCCCCUUUGCACACCAGGCUGGGGUUGUUCAUCUUUGAGUUAACUUUUAGUAUGAUGUAGAGCGUGAUAUUCUGAAAAACUUCACAAUUGGUUUUUAUUUUUUAUUACUUGUGGUAUUUGAAUUAUUUAGCUCUUUAUUCAACUGCUCUCCAGUUUGCAAUUUUAGCAAUUUAGUCUAAAUUACCCAUGCACUGAUUUGCAUAAGAGACUGGAAUAUAAAUAGGAGAGGGCCCAAACAGAAAGAUGAGUAAUAAAAAGUAGCAAUAACCAUACAUUUGUAACCUUACAGAGCAUUUGUUUUCAGAUGUCUAAAAGCUGGAAAGAGUCAGAAGAAGAAGAACUCUAUGGCAGCUGAAGGUUGUUCAUACCUGACUUAGACUUUAAAAGCCCAUUCCUGAUUGGUUGCUGUGGGUUUUGUGAACAGUGUAAUGUAACCCCCUGAAUCUGUCUAAAUAUUACAUAUAAUACACCUACAUAUAAUGCAUUAUCUCACAUCCAUAAUUACUUACCAAACCCACAAGCCAAUGAUUCUUAUUGAGCUGAUUACCUUCAUAUUAAACAAACACUGGAUUCACCUAUUAUGUUAGGCCUGGCUAAUAAUCAAAUCAUAUAUUUAGGCAUGAUACGCACAUUGUUUACAGUGGGGAAAGAUCAUGUACAUUAGAGGGCAUGGUUGUAUUCUUUGUCAUCAUGGAAUGGUGGCAUCACAAAAUAGGCAUGAUGAUCUCAUGAUUGAAUUGGAUCCACGUGUGGGAAAAUAUACAAGGUAAAAGGGGUGUAAUUCAGUGUCACAUGCAUUGGCAAUUAUAUCUUUUGCCAUAAAUGUCUUCAGAUAUACCUCAUUGUCUACACUAACUUGCUCCUUAUUGCAACCAGUGGAAUUAAAUUAGAUAAAGAGCCGGCAUCCAUACUGUUGAGAUAUUGAGAUAUACUGUGUGAUCACUUAUUCCAUGUGUGAUUGACAUUAAAACUGUAAUCACCA